GGCUGCGGGAUUUGAACCGGCAACCUUCCAGCUGCAGGCGCAGAUCCUGAGCCACAGAGCCACCGCUCCGCCCGCUCCGUUAAUAUUGAAAACCAGAUGAGUGAAUUGACCCAGGCGGCAUGUCUUUGGACGGCGUUAGGAUACCAGGGUGAGCUAUCCCAAGUUUGCGGACUUUUUCAAUUGUCGUUUCCCUUGCCGGAGCACUAGGUGGCGCUGCAGAGCCGCCCAACCGCGCUGUAGCCGAGCUGAACAACUAGUGCAGUUGCAUUCCUCAACAGACAGCGACGGACGAGGCAGCCGGGCGGGCGGUCUGGGAGCUCCGCGUUUAGGGGAAACAAGGCGAGCGGGCGUCUGGGUUUCGCACAAGCGCCUCACAUUUUUAUUUUUUGGGGGAGGGGGGGGGGCUCCAACGCACGAGGAAUAUCGGGGAAUCCGCCCGGGGAGGAGACGCGAUGUCGGAGUUCCUGGUGAAUCUGCUCGGGGAGCGGCUCGUCAACGGCGAGAAAGCCGAGGUGGACGUGCAGGCGCUGGGCAGCAAGCUGUCGCUCGUCGGGCUGUAUUUCGGCUGCAGCCUGAACGGCCCCUGCAAGCAGUUCAACGCCAGCCUCGGCGACUUCUACAGCAAGUUCAAAACCUCCUCGGAGCACAGAGACAAGCUGGAGAUUGUCUUCGUCUCGUCCGACCAGGACCAGAAACACUGGCAGGAGUUUCUGCAGGAGAUGCAGUGGCCGGCGCUGCCUCUGAAAGAGAGACACAGGAAGAUGAAGCUGUGGAAUAAGUACAAGGUGACCAGUAUCCCCUCGCUGGUGUUCGUGGACGCUGCCACGGGGAAGGUCGUGUGCCGGAACGGGCUGCUGGUGGUCCGGGACGACCCCAAAGGGCUGGAGUUCCCCUGGGGGCCCAAGCCCUUCAUGGAGGUGGUGGCGGGGCCCCUGCUGAGGAGCAGUGGUCAGACGGCGGACAGCAGCUGCCUGGAGGGCUCCUACGUGGGCGUGUACUUCUCGGCGCACUGGUGCCCGCCGUGCCGCAGCCUGUCGCGGGUGCUGGUGGAGUCGUACCGCACGGUGAAGGAGUCGGGACAGAAGUUCGAGAUCGUGUUUGUCAGCGCCGACAGGUCGGAAGAUUCUUUUAAACAGUAUUUCAGCGAGAUGCCCUGGCUGGCCGUCCCGUAUUCAGACGAGGGCCGGCGCUCACGGCUCAAUCGACUGUACGGAAUCCAAGGGAUCCCCACCCUCAUCCUGCUGGACGCCGAGGGCCGGCUGGUCACGCGGCAGGGCCGUGUGGAGGUGCUGAACGACCCCGAGUGCCGCCGCUUCCCCUGGCACCCGCGGCCCGUGCUGGAGCUGAGCGAGUCCAACGCCGCGCAGCUGAACGAGGGGCCCUGCCUGGUGCUGUUCGUGGGUGAGUUGGCAUGCGGGGUGCUGUACCCCGCCACGGUCUGCCAGGUGGGAAGUCAGCCGUGCGAGAUUGCGGUAAAAACGUGGUGCCGAGAGCAGCGCUGCAGUAAAGCAAAGCACCCCCUCUUGCGAGAGAGAACCUCCCAUCUCCCAGAAGCCGGUGGUAUUGGGGGGAGUCCCCCCAAGUGUGCACGAGCAUUUCUGUCUAUUGUAACUAGCAGAUACGAGUGCUCUCUGCAGUGGGCUGGCCGGCUGGCCCCUGUGUUUGCCUGGUUAGGCUCAGACCCCUGUAGGGCGAAGCAGGCUCUGACAGUAGACAGAACUUCACUUCUUUACUCGCUGAAGCCCGCUGAGAGGGUCAGGGCUGUGUGGCGCUUGAACACACUGCGACCUCACCCGGCCUCUCCUGUGUCCGUCUGUCUCUGUGCGCAGGACGACAUGAGCGACUCCCUGCGCGAUUACACCAACCUGCCAGAGGCGGCGCCCCUGCUCACCAUCCUCGACAUGUCCGCCCGCGCCAAGUACGUCCGCGACGUGGAGGAGAUCACGCCCGCCGUGGUGGAGCAGUUCGUGGGGGACUUCCUGGCCGAGAAGCUCAAACCCGAGCCCAUCUAGCGUGGACAGAACCGGACUGUACCCCCCCUCUUCCCUUUACCUGUACACAGCACCCCCUCCCACACACACACACUGCCAGACUGUUAGAGCAGAGCCUCGCUUUUAACUGAUGUUUUACACAUUUUCUAUUAACUUCCAUCCUGAGGUCCUCUUCUCCAUCUCCUGUGGUGCCUUUCAUUGACUACAGCGCCCCCUUGUGUUCCGAAUCCUGAAGUGCAAGCAUUUUUUUUCUUUUUUUGCUGUUGCUAUUGUAAGGAUUAUUUCAGCAUUUACUGCAAGAAAAAAAUAACUCCCCUCCAGAACGGACUGGUGUUCUUCUGUUUUUAUUUUCUUUCGUUUUUUUUAAACCUUUUCAUUUUACCCAGAACACGCCUUUUUUUUUCCUUUUUCAAAACGAUCUAACUUGCCAAAAGAUAUUAAGUAAAACUGAAAAAAAAUAAAAAGUAUUCAAUAAAUGAGCUGUAUUUCGGAA